AAUAUCUUGCGUAAUCUGAUCGUGCUCCAUACAUCACACACGAGGGAGAAUUUACUUCUCAGGAUUUUGCAAACAGAUAACAAAAAACAUUAAACUUUGCAAAGAUGAUUCCACAUUCCUGAUUCCGGGCACACUUCAUAUAUGGUUCAUUAAUAGACACAACCACACAUACAGUGUUUCAGUGUUUAUUGUUCUUGCUGCCUUGAAUGGCAUCAACUAUUCUGUUCAAUUUCAGGCUCUCUCAGUUUAACACACUGCACCAUCAACGGGUAAAGAGACCAAAAGCUCUUGUAUCCUCCUCUCGUAUCAUUCCACGUCAUGUUUCUUCCAUUAACGAUCAUUUGGGGCUAAAACAUGUCACAUACCCGCUUCUUCAAUCUCACUCUACCCCUAAGCGCAGAUUCCACGUUGGAGCGCAGAAGGAGAAUUAUGCAGGGGAAGGCUCUGAAUCUCUUGUUUCUGACGCAACGUACCAAGAGAAAUUUUCUUGGUCUUCUGUAAUUCUUCCGUUUCUGUUCCCUGCGUUGGGUGGCUUGUUAUUUGGUUAUGAUAUUGGUGCCACCUCCGGUGCUACAAUUUCACUGCAGUCUCCUGAGCUUAGUGGUAUAACAUGGUUCAAUCUUUCUGCCAUUCAGCUGGGACUUGUGGUUAGUGGUUCCCUAUAUGGGGCUCUUCUUGGCUCACUUCUCGCAUAUGCCAUAGCUGAUUUCCUGGGGAGGAAGCGACAACUCAUUGCUGCAGCCUUGUUGUAUGUAUUCGGCGGUGCAAUUACUGCCUAUGCACCAGAACUUGGUGUUCUCUUAGCAGGAAGGCUGCUUUAUGGACUUGGUAUAGGUUUGGCCAUGCACGGGGCUCCUUUAUAUAUCGCAGAAACUUGUCCAUCACAAAUCCGUGGGACUCUAGUAUCAUUGAAAGAACUCUUCAUUGUCCUUGGGAUUCUGCUGGGUUAUUUUGUGGGAAGCUUUCAGAUUAAUACAGUAGGGGGGUGGCGGUUUAUGUAUGGAAUUAGUGCUCCACUUGCUAUAUUAAUGGUGCUUGGAAUGUGGAUUCUCCCCCCUUCUCCACGGUGGUUGCUUCUCAGAGCAGUGCAAGGAAAAGGUUCUUUUCGAGAUUUAAAGGAAAAAGCAAUUGUUUCCCUGAGCAAAUUAAGGGGCCGACCACCAGGUGGCAAAGAAUCUGAGAGGCAAAUAGAAGAGACCCUUCUCUCAUUGAAGUCUGCCUAUUCAGAUCAGGAAUCAGAGGGGAGUUUCUUAGAGGUGUUUCAGGGUCCCAAUCUGAAAGCUUUCAUAACCGGUGGGGGCCUAGUCUUAUUUCAACAGAUAACAGGUCAACCAAGUGUUCUGUAUUAUGCUGGCUCAAUUCUUCAGAGUGCUGGAUUCUCUGCUGCAUCCGAUGCUACUAAAGUGUCAGUUGUUAUAGGCUUAUUCAAGUUACUAAUGACAUGGAUUGCUGUCCUAAAAGUUGAUGAUUUAGGGAGAAGACCUCUGCUGAUUGGAGGUGUCAGCGGCAUUGCCCUUUCUUUAGUUCUCCUUUCUGCUUAUUAUAAAUUUCUUGGAGGGUUCCCUCUUGUUGCUGUUGCGGCUUUACUUCUUUAUGUUGGUUGCUAUCAGAUAUCAUUUGGGCCAAUAAGUUGGCUAAUGGUAUCAGAGGUCUUCCCGCUUCGCACUAGAGGACGGGGGAUUAGUCUGGCUGUUCUUACCAACUUUGCUUCAAAUGCUGUUGUCACCUUUGCAUUCUCUCCAUUAAAGGAGCUUCUUGGAGCAGAAAACCUCUUUCUCCUUUUUGGGGCUAUUUCUAUUGUGUCACUUCUGUUCAUUAUAUUUUCUGUCCCGGAGACAAAAGGCUUGAGUUUAGAAGAUAUAGAAUCCCAAAUCUUGAAGUGACAGCUUAAACUAGCACUUUUGAUGUGAAUGCUAUAUUUUGCUGAGUCUGUCACCUUGCAUAUAUUUCCCUUGUUAGAUUUGAUGGUCAUGGUAAUGUUUGCACUUAAGACCAUUGUAUUUUUCGUCUCUAACCAAUAUACUCAAAUCAUACAAGGGUGCUGACUCGUGAUUUUAACAUUCAUGAUUCAAUUCCCAAGAGGGUUGUCGUGCUAAUGGAGAACCUAUAACUGGGCACCAAUUUUAUUUGGACUUAUUAUGCUAAUGUGCUACAUCUAUAGUUUCUAAUGGUUCCGUUAGUACGGCGCACCACUUACCAAUCCAUAAAUCUCCUUGUUAC